UCGACAUGUCACCUUCAUGUUAUUUCCUCACAAUAUUCAGUUCAAUUUUACUUGGAAUAGGUGUGGCCGAUGAGGUUUGUUACGGUGAUCUUGGUUGUUUUAACAAUGAUCUACAAUGUCAUCGACUAUCAUUUCCACCAAUGGCACCAGAUAUUAUGAAUGUUCAGUUUCAUUUGUACACUCAUGUAAACCCAGUUAAUUUUACUAUCAUUGACCGGAAUGUUCCAGAAUCAUUGACGUCAACAUAUUUCAAUCCACAUUUGAAGACAGUCGUGCUUAUCCACGGCUGGACAGAUACCGCCGGCGGUUGGACGAACAGGGUACGAGAUGCUCUGUUACAACGAGAAUCUGUGAAUAUCGUGGCCGUGGAUUGGACUAUUGGUGCUGGGCAACUUAUCUAUCCAAGAUCUUGUCAGAAUGCGCGUGUUUCUGGCAAGGAGGUAGCUUUAUUCCUAAAGUUCAUCCACGAUAUUACGGGGGCCAGCUAUAGUAACAUGCACUUGAUCGGUCACAGUCUUGGUGCCCACGUGGCCGGUUACGCAGGAGAGGCACAACCUGGUAUCGGACGUAUAACAGGUAGUGAUGCAGCUGGUCCCGGCUAUACCGUUUUCGAUCGACGAUGCCGGCUAGAUCAGACGGAUGCUGAUUUCGUAGACGCGAUUCAUACAGACGGUGAAUUUCUUGGAGCAGGCAUGCAUCGAGCGUACGCACACAUGGACUUUUAUCCUAAUGGUGGAAAAGAUCAGCCAGGGUGUAGAACGAUAUUCCUUGACAGUGGAUGCAGCCACGCUCGCUCGCUUCACCUUUUCAUUGAAAGUAUUCUAUCGGAUGGAUGUCGAUUCAAGGCCUACCCAUGCAGAAAUUUUAGUGAAUUCCAGGCGGGAAACUGCACUGAAUGCGGGCAGCUUGGCUGUCCAGAGAUGGGUUAUUAUGCAGACCGGUAUAUCAAUCGGGCUAGAGGAAAAUUUUACCUGAGUACGAAUGCUGAUUCGCCCUACUGUAUUUCUUAAUUUUUCAACUUGUUCCAUGCAGUUUUGGGAACAUAAAGCCUAUGAUACUCUUAAAAUAAAUAUUUACCGUUUUGUUCCACCAGACAAUAUGCCAGUCGUAUUCGUACGAUAUGUAAUUGCAUUUAUUAGAUUAUGGAUAUCUCUGUGGUCGUAAUUACGACACAGGAUAGUAUAAUCAGGUCUAUUGUAGACUAAUUGCAAUCACAACUAGCUUUAGGAAUGAAUACAGCUGACAAUAUAUCCUUUGCAUAUACUGUAUGGCAUAACGGAAUAACACAACAUUAUAAGAGUAAAUUUGAAAUAAGACAUUGUUAGGUCUAAGGCGAUACGUUGUCAUUAACCUUAAUAAACAGAUACAUUGGUUAGUAA